CGGCGCCGGAUGUAGCGAACGGACGUGCGAAUUUUUUGUUCGUUUUUGUGCGGCGUGCCUUCGGGAACAGUGAGUGUAUGUAUCAUCUGUUCCCCUACAACUGGUAGUAUAUACCAUCGGAAUGUCUUGCGGUUCCUAGACGCGGCGCCCCCCUCCUCUGCAGCCGUUCCCCUCUUCGAAACGCGCACCGGCUGAAAGUCUGCUCGCGAGGAACGAACCUAACCUAACCUAGUUGCUAGUUCAGUCUUCCAUCGGACAGCGACGUGGAAGCAUGCUCUGUCACGUCCUCACUCUGUACCGGCUUUUUACGUACGCCGCGGCCGCGUGUUUCAACCAUCGUCAAGUAGUUUGAUACCGUCUGCUCCCUCAGGUGGCCAAAACUGAUUGAUUAGGCUUCGUGGAUAUUUGAAGUGUUGUCUCGGCUUUGUAGAAGAAAAGUGUUCGGUUUUUUUUCAAAUUUCGGUGGGGAAAGUAACACUAGAAAAAAAGACACAAAGUUGCGAAUUACACACGUGUAUUGUGAUGCAUUUAUAGGUUACAGAUUAAUCUUUUUACUUCAUUGUUUUUUCUACUCUUAUGAAUUGUGUUUUGUGAUCAAGUAAGACGUGAUUUGCUGAAUUAAACUCAACCAGUCUUCUGAAUUUCUGAUACUUUGAAUCUUUAUUCAAAAUUCACUCUUGAACUUUUACAUACGGUAAACUUUGAGCUGAAUUAUUAUCUCGCAAAAACGUUUUCCAGGAAGUGAGUGAGAGUGUCUAUAGGAUUUGUGCGAUUGUUGAAUAUUUUGGAUUUUCUAUAGACUUCCUACAAUACAGGCUAAAAGGAGUGUGAUUUUUUUCUGGAACAUUGUGUCGGGUUUUUGAAGGAUUUUAAAUUGCACAUUCUUCAAUAUUUAGAGCGAUGAAAAUCGGAAUGAUAUUUGAAAUCAUGAUGAAUCUUAAUUUUUUCAAGUUGAAUUAUAGUGAGGUGAAAGUUACCGUGAAGAUUAGUUGUGACUCACCAGUUUAUUAAGAACGUUUCUGAAAAUUUGUUGAACCUUUGUUAAAAACGCUAAUCCUUUUCAACUUGUAGGAUCAUUCUCACUCAAACAAUUUCAUGAACCACUUAACAUUACGUGAAUACAUCAUCAUUAGUUACAACCACCUGUUGUAACUGCGUCCAACUUACGCUAAAAAAUAGCCUUCCUUAUUUUAUCACGUUAUUGCUUCACGAUUAUCAUCAGUCUCGUACUACGAUAACCCCAAGGCUGGCUACUCCAUUUAAAAAAAUCUCAUACUUCCAUCAACUGCAAAUAUUGUUCAGGCCUAGCAUUCACAGAAACUCAUACCAAAGACUACUGACUGAAAAUAUUGAAUUCUUCAAUAAAAACAUUCAUAUAUGGGAAUUCUUCAUAUAUUUGUGUGAUUGGAGAAUAUCCUGAAGCUACGAGAGUAUUGCAACGUUGUUCAUAAUAUAAAGUGAUAUUAUCUCUUCCAAAUUCAUCAUAAAAUUCUAAUAUUGAUUUUUCAUACUUCAAUCUGCUCUGAAGCUAAAACCUCCAAAGAAAUCAAAUAUUCCAAAUCAUUAUAUUUUUUUCAUAUCUUAGUAAUUUGAGCCAUUUUUUUAUCCAUUUCCUUGAUCAUUUUUGCAAAAUUUCCAAGUCAUUCUGGUUAUUGAGCCUAACCACUUAACGUGCGAUUUCUCUCUGAUCCAAUUAUGCUAAAAGUUUGGGAAACUGCAUCAACUACAAAUCUAUCCACACAGAGACGUUGGUGCUGCAUUUUCCGAAAACAGUGAUUUUCGAAUUGAAAACUAGGAAUCUGGACAGAUCAGUGAUACAAACUAUGGUUAGUUCGAGGAGUUUGUGCUCGUUUCUGCUGUGGUUCGUCCUAUUCUCCGCCAGUGCUUUCACAAUUUCAUCAUCAUCCUCUUCGUUCUCACCUUCCACUGAUGUCGUCUCUUACGAGAAACUUUCUGACGGCGAGAUGGAAACGCUUGUUCGUCAUAAGGGAGUCUCAGCCAAGGAAACCUCUAUGAGACCUCGUGGACAGAAGAAUGGCGCAACCCUAAAACUGCGUCAAGUGAGCGAUGGACGUGUGCUGCUACAGUUGAUCUACGGUCUAGACGGCGCUCUGAAAGACUGCGAACAACUGCACGACGCCGCGUCAGUCACGCAGUUUGUGCGUUCGUUCGACGACGCUCUGCGUGCCAAAGGCAACGUCACCACGCUCACGCACCUGACGCGUGAUCUGCGGUGGCUGAACAUGCAUAAGCUGCGUAUGGCCUGCCACAGGAACCAGCGACUGCUUGCCAAAGUGGCCAGACGGACGUCUCGAGACGACGGUAGUAGUCAUAAGAGACGGCAUAGGGCCGACAAUUUCCUGCAAAGGUCGGGCGUGCUGGUGGCGCCGGGCACGAAGUGGUGUGGCCAUUCGGACACGGCGGACACGGUGAUGUCACUGGGUGCAUUUGGUGCGACUGACAGGUGCUGCCGCAGCCAUGACUUGUGCCCGACCAAUGUGCCCGGUCUCUCGCAGAAGUUCAACUUCUUCAACUACCGGCCCUUCACGCUCAGUCACUGCUCGUGCGAUGCCAGGCGCACAGGCGAUGCUGCUAUGGUGCUGCCGGGUACUAAAUGGUGCGGCAAGGGCUCUUCCGCCUCCGAGUGGUCGCAGCUGGGCGGGCUGGGGGCGGCCGAUCGCUGCUGCCGCCUCCACGACACCUCCUGCCCCCACCAUGUGCCCGCCUUUGCCGCCCGCUACGGCCUUUUCAACUGGAGGCCGUCUACGCUCAUGCAUUGCGCCUGUGAUGCCAGAUUUCGAGCAUGCCUGAAGAUGGCCAACACGGGAACAGCGAAUCUGGUGGGGAAGUUGUUCUUCAACGUGGUGCAGACAAAAUGUUUCAUCCUGAAACCGGAAGUGGUCUGCGUGCAGCGCUCCUGGUGGGGAAAAUGUGUAAAAACCGAACGCCGCAAACAGGCGCACAUGCGAGAUAAUCCUCCCUACUAAUUAAUUAAUAUUAAUUAAUCAAUAUUAAUAGACUGCUGCAUUUUGUCGAAACUCUCCACCUACUAUUAAUUUAAUCGAUAUUUAUUUUAUUGUAUAGAUCGAUCAAAAUAAUGAUCGAAACAUAAGCUUUAUAUCGAGCGAGCGAUUGGUCAAGUCAUUGAUGAGUGAUGUCCUUGCCCUGGUGUCACCAUAAUUAUUUGAUUGAUUAAUCAUCAAUCCUUGAAUAAUAAUAAUGGGUAAUUAUGUUCUGGAGUCCUGUGUGGAGAGUUAAUCAUAUUGAAAGUAAUUUUCUUGGGAGAAUUAAAAUAGUUGGGUCCUGUUGAGUAGUUGACCUGAGUUUCCUGAGAAUAAUAUGAUUGUGAAAAUUGAACAAGCAUAUUAACGACUCCAUUAUACCGUGUCCAAGGUUGAAAACCUUGGUAAUCUUGUAAUAUCGAUGUUCCAAUACAUUUAUGUGUGAGUGUAAGAAUGCAAGUGAAUGUAUGUAAGUGAAUAAGGGUGCAGAUGACUCUUAAGUGAAGUGAGUCUAACAUGAAAAUACAACUGAUGAACUGUUCAGAAUAGUAUGCAUUUCUAGUUGCAUAAAGCUGCGUUUACACCGAAGAUAAUAGCACGAGUUAUUAACAAAAGGUUAUUAACUUGACUGAAUUGUCAAAAAUGUAUCAUAACAAAAGUUACAGUAAUAACUCGUGUUUUUAACAGAAAAUUCCUUGCUAUUAAAGGAAAUGUUAUUAACGUAAUGUUAAUGACUUUGUUAUUAACAACAGUUAAUGAA